UUGACCUGGUUAAAAUUGUCAAGAUUAUACUCCCGGUAUCUUGAGGCUAAAUUUUCCGUCGUAAAAGAUAGAUAUACCAGCAAAAAAGAUCCUUUAUUCUUAACGGUGAGUGAGUACCAAUUGUCGAAGAGAAAAUCUAUUGAAUCACAAGAUAUAUCGAGAUCUACUGAAGCGUCAUAUGGACGAGAAAUCUCCAAUUCAGUGGGGGCCUGGCGGGGUUGAUUGAUACCCAAGAAGGAGUCCAGUACAGCUCAUAUACACUCAUACAAAAACAUACACUCAUCUAUUGGUUUCUGAAAGUUUAGAUACAUGUCAGUAGAUCGAGUGCUACAUACCUAGCUACACAACCCAAAAGCCCUAAAGCUUCGUCAUCACUAUUACGACGCACAUUCGCCAGAGCAUUAGGCACCUAUAUAUCGAAAAGCAAGCAAGCACGUGCCCAACCCCCUAUCAAUACUUCGAAUACGCGGAUAACUUCCACUCCUCGGCCCAACCAUGUCACCCAAAACUAUAACCGUAAUCGGAUCCCUCAAUAUCGAUCUCGUAACGCUUACGCCCCGCGUUCCGGAUGGCGGCGAAACCUUAACCGCUACAUCUUUUAGCACUGGUCCUGGCGGAAAAGGUGCCAAUCAAGCUGUAGCAUGCGCUCGCCUUUCAAGACCUAAUCCCGCUUCCACUCCAUCUUUUGAUAGUGAUGUUUUGGUCAAAAUGAUAGGUGCUGUUGGGGACGAUGAGUAUGUAUUUAUCUUUCAAAAAUUCCCGUAACAAUUUCUUUAUUCAAAAUCUAUCAGUGGUUCUAUUCUGCAAAGUAUACAUCAUGUCUUUCAAGUCAAGGACUCGUGGUAUAGUCCUCACAUCUGCCUAUUUCGCAAUACAAGUGAUACCCAUGUCAUUUAAGUCAAGGACUUGUGGUAUAAUUCUCACUUCUGCCUAUUUCGCAUGCAAGUGUAUUGCACCAAUCAAACAUUCAUAUAUUUCUAAUCAUCUAAAGUACAAAACAUGGCACAUUAAUUCCACUCCAACAAUCCACUCAUCAAAACAACAAAAACUAAAACCCUCUAAGAUUCGGACCAUCCCUCAUCUCCUCUCUCAAGUCUUCCCUUAUCGACACAACCUCCGUCCAAACCAUCCCAAACCAAUCGACCGGCGUAGCAGUAAUCCUCGUCGAAUCCUCCAGCGGCGAAAACCGCAUCCUCUUCUCCCCCGGCGCCAACCACGUGAGUCCACCUAUCUUUUCAUCUCCCACGACUCCCCCCAUCCAUUCCCAUCCCCAUUCCACCAACUAAUCACUAAUCACUAACCCCAAACCACCCAUCAGUCCCUAAACCCCCCAGACUUCACCCACCUCACCUCCCUCGGAAUUCCACACCCAACCCUCCUAAUCCUCCAACUCGAGAUCCCCCUCCCAACCAUCCUCCAAAUCCUCACCACCGCCUCCCGCAACCAAAUCCCCGUUCUCCUCAACCCCGCGCCGGCGCAAAACUCCCCCUCAGCCUACCCCUCCAUAACCCACCUAAUCCUCAACGAAACCGAAGCCGCAAUCCUAACCUCCCGUCACAUCUCCUCCGUCACCUCUCCUACCUUCAAUUGGCGCACUGUUACUUCCGAAUUUUUAACCCUCGGUUGCAAAACUGUUAUUAUAACGCUUGGAGCUAAAGGCGCGAUAUUCGCUACGGGGGAUACGUAUGAACAUGUUCCUGCGGAGAAAAAUGUACAGGUAGUUGAUACGACAGCUGCUGGUGACACAUUUGUAGGAGCUUAUGCUGUUGAGUUAGUGCGGAAUGGAGAUGCUGAUGCAGAUGCUAUGCUAGCUGCUGUAGCGAAAGCAUGUAAGGCGGCUGCGCGAACUGUGGAGAAAGAAGGGGCUCAGAGUGCUAUCCCUUGGGCUGAUGAAGUGGAGAGAUCGAUCUUGUAAAGCUAAUAUUAAAUGUGGAUAUUUUGAUUUACAAAUGAUACUGUUUCAUUGGCAUGUAUA